UCCCAAACAUCCCAAGCAGCAGCUAGCAUCAAUGGCCACCUCCUCCUCCUCCUCGAUGACCCUCCUGCUGCUGGUCCUGGGCGCCUCCUUGGCAGCCAGCGCCAGCGCCGCGACCUUCACCAUCACCAACAACUGCGGGUUCACGGUGUGGCCGGCGGCGACGCCCGUGGGCGGGGGCACGCAGCUGAACCGAGGCGGGACGUGGACCGUCAACGUGCCGGCGGGCACCAGCUCCGGCCGCGUGUGGGCGCGCACGGGCUGCUCCUUCAACGGCAACCGCGGGAGCUGCCAGACGGGCGACUGCGGCGGCGCGCUCGCCUGCACGCUGUCCGGCCAGCCGCCGCUGACGCUGGCCGAGUUCACCAUCGGCGGCAGCCAGGACUUCUACGACAUCUCGGUCAUCGACGGCUUCAACGUCGGCAUGGCCUUCUCCUGCAGCACCGGCGUCGGGCUGGUGUGCAGGGACUCCGGAUGCCCUGACGCGUACCACAACCCCAACGACGUCAAGACCCAUGCCUGUGGCGGCAACAGCAACUACCGGGUCACCUUCUGCCCGUGAUCGAUGAGAUGAGGCUGCCGUAAUAAUGUAUCAAGUGAUUAUAUAUAUUUGCAGCAGGAAGAAUAAUGCGGACGCAUCGUGCACGGUAUACUGAUUGUGAGAGUAGCUACACACGAGUGUAGAUAAAACUCGUCCAUAUAUAUGUAGCUGGAUCUGUGUACGUAUACUCUGUAUACAGUAUACCAUAUGGUAUACAAUACAAUAAGACUAUGUUCUUGUCAUGUUGGAAAGCA